CAAAUUUUCAGUUAAAGUUUUUAAAUGAGUACAGAAAUCGUGCAAAUACACGUUGGACAAUGUGGGGUACAGAUGGCAAAUGCUUUAUGGGAAUUAUACUGUUUAGAACAUGGUAUACUCCUUGAUGGUGAAGUUUGUAAUUUGUGCCCAGAAUCAUUUACAAAUCCUUUGUUUUCAAUUACUCCAUCCGGAAAAGCUGUUCCACGGGUUAUUAUGGUUGAUUUGGAACCAACGCCAAUAGAUGAAAUUAGAACAGGGGCCUACAGGCAACUUUUUCAUCCUAGUUGUUUGAUAACCGGAAAAGAGGAUGCAGCGAGUAAUUUUGCACGAGGUUUUUUCACUGUUGGAAGAGAGCAAAUUGAUGUAGUAAUGGAACGAGUUCGCCAAGCAACAGAAAAUUGUAAUAAUUUACAAGCAAUUUUUAUUUCUCGAUCUUAUGGAGGUGGAACUGGUUCAGGUUUUACAACUUUACUCUUGGAAAGACUGCUUAUAAAUUACGGAAAAAAAGCAAAAGUAGAAUUUGCAAUUUAUCCUGCCCCAAAUUUAUCGCCUAUAAUUGUAGAGCCUUAUAAUGCUGUAUUUGCUGCACAUGAGUCUAUUGAAACAAUAAAUGCCUCUUUUAUAAUCGAUAAUGAAGCUGUGUAUGAUAUUUGCGCAAACAAAUUUAAUGUUCAACAACCUACAUAUACAAAUUUAAAUCGACUUAUUGCACAGGUUGUUUCAGCCUCACACAGCUCACUACGUUAUCCAAACGCAUCUCCUUUAUCAAUAGACGAAUUACAAACCAAUUUAGUUCCAUAUCCUCGAAUACAUUAUCCAAUGAUAUCAUAUUCACCUCUUGUUGGUGGUGCAAAGACUGGCUUUGAAGGUUUUACGAUAGGACAAAUUACAAAUGAAUGCUUUGAACCGGCGAGUCAAAUGUUAAAAGUUGAUGCAAGGCUGGGUGCUUACUUAUCAUGCUGUUUUAUUUAUCAAGGUGAUGUUAAUGCAGGAGACAUUAAUAAUUGCGUCAAUGCUCUCAAAACUAAUAGAAAUCUACAUUUUAUUGAAUGGUCUCCGUCUGGAUUUAAAAUUGCAAUUAAUCCAGUUCCUCCAAUGGCAGUUGUAGGAGGUGAUCUUGGCCCCGUACCUAGGUCGCUAUGUUUACUAUCUAAUAGUUCUGCUAUUAAAACUGUAUGGAUAAGAUUGUUAAAUAAAUUUGAUUCUAUGUACAAGAAGAGAGCAUUUGUUCAUCAUUACGUUGGUGAAGGUAUGGAAGAAGGAGAAUUUAAAAAUGCUCGAGAUGAUAUUGAAGCUUUAAUACAAGAUUAUAAAGAAUUGGAAGACUCAACUAACGGAAAAAAACCCGAAGAAGAUGCUGAUGAGAAUUAAAAAAUUAAUUUUUGUUGUUGUUGUUGUUAAAUUUAAAAAAAUUGUAAUAUCGAAAUAAAAGUAUAAAGCGUUCAAUUUUAUCCAAGAUGUUUGCUUAUACAUUCACCGGCACAGAAUUUGAAGAUCGGAGUGCCACAAAAGACUUUCUCAGUUUACGAAUGAUGCUAUUUAAAACCGAUGGUGCAAUCACUCUUAGUACAUGUAAUUUAAAGUCAAUAGCGUCGAUUUUUUUUUCUCGCUCAAACAAGCACGUACGACAACGAUGAAUAGCGCUUUUUCUAGAGCAAAGAACUUAAGCAUCAUUUUUUGCGGAGAUACAAGUAGCUGAAAUUAUGAAAAAUUUUUAGAUAAUUCAAUUAUGACGAAAUUCUGUGCCGGCAAGUUAAUAUGAUGCAAUCAUGAUGCAAUUCUUUUGAACAAGCUCAAAUUUGAUUUCGAGAUCUAAAACUAAAAUUAAUUGGAAUGCAAAUGAGCGAUUUUCGUAUUAUUUUUUAAUUCAACCGUGAGAAAUGCUUACGAUUUCACACACUGACGGGCAUGGCACCCUCUCUAAAAUCCAAAAUACUUUAUUAAAAAUUUAAAACUUGAAAUAUUUAUUAGUUAAUCCACCAGAUCAAAUUAAUUAGACGUGAUUUUAAUUGGAUCGGUUCCGAUUGGAUCUCUCAGAACAUUUUUAAAUCGUGAACGGCUUCUUCAGAACAUUUUUAAACCAACCGACCGCUACAACAAACGUUUUGUAUAGAUCGAACCGCUAAUAUUUUUCAAGAUUUAUAUUAUUUGAAAGGGAAUGUGGGGAUAUUCAAUAGUAAUUUUCAUAUUCAACGAAAUAUUUUGGAAAUUUGGAGAGAGUGGACUAGCUACUCACUUUUUCUUUUAGUUGUUUUUUCUUUCAUAUCAAAAUAUAAUAUUAAUAUUUAUCGAAUAUUUUGAAUUUUGCGCGUUUAAGCUUUGUGGGCGUUUAAUCAUUCGUUUGAUACUCCCACUAUUUUAA